GGAAGUGCCCGGCGGCACCGGGGGCUGUCGGUGGGCGGCAGCGGAGAGAGGUCGCAGCUAUGUCGGAACGGAAAGUGUUGAACAAAUACUACCCCCCGGACUUCGACCCGGCUAAGAUCCCCAAGCUCAAGCUCCCCAAGGACCGGCAGUAUGUGGUGCGGCUCAUGGCCCCCUUCAACAUGCGCUGCAAGACCUGUGGUGAAUACAUCUACAAGGGGAAGAAGUUCAAUGCCCGCAAGGAGACGGUGCAGAACGAGGUGUACCUGGGGCUGCCCAUCUUCCGCUUCUACAUCAAGUGCACUCGCUGCCUGGCAGAGAUCACCUUCAAGACAGACCCAGAGAACACAGACUACACCAUGGAGCACGGUGCCACUCGCAACUUCCAAGCUGAGAAGCUCUUGGAGGAAGAGGAGAAAAGGAUGCAGAAGGAGAGGGAAGAGGAAGAGCUCAACAAUCCUAUGAAGGUCCUGGAGAACCGAACCAAGGACUCCAAGCUGGAGAUGGAGGUUCUGGAGAACCUCCAGGAGCUGAAGGAACUCAACCAGCGCCAGGCACAUGUGGACUUUGAGGCCAUGCUGAAGCAGUACAAGGAGUAUGAGGAGGAGCAGAAGCGCAAGGAGCAAGAGGAGGAUGAGGAGGAGAUGAAAGCCAUGCUGGAGGAGGCCCAGAACCGGCGGCUGCUGGUGGACUCCGACUCCGACGAGGAGCCUGCAAAGUCACACCUGAAGCCUGUGGCCAAAACUAAACCUACAGACAUCCUGCAGGAGGAGCCUCAGCCCCAGAGUAAGAAGCUGAAGACUGAGAGCUGGGAGCGCAGCGUGGGCAAGCUGCACAGCAAGGCCCAGCUGGCAGGGCUGGUGGCAGUGAGGAAGCCAAAGCCAGGCCCUGCCCUGCCUAAUGGGGCAGGGAACCAAAGCACCACAGCCAGCACUGGCUCCUUCCCCACGGGCACCUCCUCCUCCUCCUCCCUGGGCUUGCUGGGGGCAUAUUCAGACAGUGAGGACAGCAGCAGUGACUGAGGAGCCCCCAAGCCAGCCCAGAGCUUGGCUCACAGGACUGUCCCCACUCCCAGCUGGCAGCAGAUGCUCCCCAGAGCCCCACCUGGAGCUGGCAUCAAAGCCAUCAGGGUUUCCAGACUGUCUGGAGUCCUUCAUCUUCACCUGCCCAGCCUGGAGGGGAGGCAGAGAAGCCUGAGGAGCUGCCUGAGGAGAGAGCUGCUCCCAGGACCUUACCUUGCAGCUGGUGGAGAGCUCUGCCACUGUCCUGGGCUGGCUGUGUCCCAACCCAGCUUCCAGCCAGUCCCAGCUCUGCACCUGGGAUGUGUCUGGAGCUUGCUGGGGGUGGCCCAGGGGCAGUUUUUCCAUCCUGGUGGUGUCUCAACCUCACACUGCUUGUGUCUGGGCCAGGCUUUGGGACACAGUGACCCCCACCACAGCAACAAAAGGGACUUGAGAGCCUUCCUUCCCUGCCACCCUGUGUCCCUGGAGGCAGGAGGGUGAGGGCAGGAGCUCAGCACCCCUCUUUGUGCCAUGGGAGGACCAAUCACCACCACUUCCCUGGUGCCUCCUGCCCCUGCUGUGGGGCCCAGAUCCCACCUGUGUGGCUUCCAUCACCACUUCCCUGGCCCUGGGUACCCAAUGAGCCUUCUCUGGGGCUCAGAUCCCACCUGUGUGGGUUCCAUCAUCACUUCCCUGGCCCUGGGUACCCAAUGAGCCUUUUCUGGGGCUCAGAUCCCACCUGUGUGGGUUCCAUCAUCUCUUCCCUGGUGCCUCCUGCCCCUGCUGUGAGGCUUGGAUCCCACCUGUGUGGCUUCCAUCAUCACUUUCCUGGCCCUGAGUGUCCUCUAACCCAACUGUGGGGCUCAGCUCCCACCUGUGUUGAUUCCAUCACCACUUCCCUGGCCCUGGGUACCCAAUGAGCCUUCUCUGGGGCUCAGAUCCCAUCUGUGUGGGUUCCAUCAUCACUUCCCUGGUGCCUCCUGCCCCUGCUGUGAGGCUUGGAUCCCACCUGUGUGGCUUCCAUCAUCACUUCCCUGCCCCUGGCUGUCCUCUAACCCACCUGUGGGGCUCAGCUCCUACCUGUGUGGAUUCCAUCACCACUUCCCUGGCCUUGGGUACCCAGUGAGCCUUCUCUGGGGCUCAUCACCCACCUGUGUGGCUUCCAUCACCACUUCCCUGGCUCCAGCUGUUUCCUGCCCCCUCUAUGGGGCUCAGGUUCCACUUCUCUGGGGUGACCAAAGGCUGGGGGGGCUCUGGCCAGAUGCUGUGGGGAUGGGACUACCCUUACAGUCCUGUCUCCAGCUCCUGCCCAGGUGCUCCUGGGGCCCAGCAGCUUGAUGACAAACCCUUCCCUGCUGCUGAGUGAGGGCUGGGGUUUGCUCAGCUCACCAGCAGCCACCACCCAGUAAUAAAGUGGAGGUCUUAGA